UUCUCCCUCUCUGUGCGCGUCAUGAACUCUGUGCUCCUGCUUUGGGUCCUGUCCCUAGCAUGCUGCUUCUCAGUAACUGUUGGAGGUGAGGUCACCCGUGCCUCAAAAUCAGAGGAGGCGGGCAGCGUGACAUCAUCAGGGACUGAAAUUCAGAGCUCAGCUGAUGAAGACAAUGAGCUGGAACAGAACGAAAUUGCAGAAUUACCGCUGGUUCCGCAUCCUGUUAAAAAGCCCGGAAAAAAACAGAAAAAUAGGAAAAGAAAGAAUAAGCACAAGGGGGCCUCCCACAGCACACAUAAGUCCGCACCCACCCCAACACCCAACUUCACCUCCACCCAGGUGGAGAGAGAGGACCCCUGCCUCACCACGCAUCAGCACUACUGCAUCAACGGCCGCUGCAAGUAUGUGGCCAACCUGCGCGAGACUACAUGCGUGUGCAUGAUGGGGUACGAUGGCGAACGCUGUGCGGUCCAGGUGUUGAAGACGGGGCAUAAGCAGCCGGAUGAGGAGGUGGUGCAGACGGUACUGGUGGUGAUCGCGGUGGUCCUGUCUCUCAUCAGCUGCUGCGCUAUCCUGCUCAUGAUCUGUGCACACUAUAGAAGUCACAAGAACUUCUUGGCAGCGUAUCUGGGACCCAGCAGUGAGAAGGAGAAACUGCAGACGAACAGCAGCGACAUUGUGGUCUGAACUCAACUGCAGGUCUUCAGAGCUCCAGAGGUCUAGAGCUUGGCCACAUUCACCUUUUUUAGAAGUACUGUGUUUUUUAUUUAUUUAUUUUGAACUAUUUAUUGAAUAUUGUCGUGUUUGACUUUUUCAGGAAGUCUUAGUUUUUGCCUUUUAUUAAAGAUAUUUAUUGUUGCUGUACAUUUCUUUAGAAUUGAAAUUUACUUAUGAAUGUAGUUCUCCAGUUCUCUCAAUGUUCCAGUUCAAAUGUAACAGGCGUCAAUCCAAGCAAUACAAAACCAUAAAAGAGCUCCUCUUGUCUAAUCUGGGUCUCUGUUAUUGUGAGUGUGUGUGUGUGUGUGUGCCUGUGUGUGUAUGUGUGUGUGAACUGCAUGUGUGCAUGAGCAUGUGUGUGGUUGACUACCAAUGUCCCUCCAUCUCUACCCCAUAUGCAAAGUCUCUAGAGAUUCAAGAAAGGCACUGUAUUACUGCUGCACUCUGACCAUGAAGCCCAUGAAG